UUUGUUUUUGUUGUGUUUUCUUUUUCCCCGCAGACUUAUAAGUUACUAAAAACAGACCGCGGCCAUGGGAUAUAGGAUUGCGCUAUCGCGACGUGACCUACGUAAUUCCAUGCGGAAAUGGAUAAGGGUCGAAACCCAUUACCAACAUAUAAGUAACCACAUUGCAGACCACACGACAAAUUAAAAAGACUGGUGAAUGCUAUCAGCUAUAUAUCAUAAAGAUUUCUAUCAUUUCUCUUAACUAUAGAGAAUACCGCGUCUGGUCGUCAAAAAAAAAAAAACACGGACCAUUAACCUCCCUCAACCUGCCAUCUGAACAAAGACUAUAAUUAGAUCUCCAUCAAGUUAUGUAUUCAUUCUCUUAGCUUGAAUAUCGAUGCUUUGUUUUGUUAUUGUCAGCCGCACAGAUGAUGUUUUCUCUGGAACAAAAAGCCGGAAAAGGGUACAAUCUAUGAACGCGCUCAUUGGAUGUUUAUUUUGGAUGUUUUAGACACAUUUAUGUCGUCCUUGUUUUCCUUUCUGCAAAUUCGAUUUACUUUGAUGAACAGAUAAGAAAAGUCUAGUUUUUCUUGACCUUGGUACAUUUACGUCUAAUAGUGGUAAGUAACGAAUAAAACUUUUGAUAGAUUAAAAAGGGCGCGGCAAAGAGAGUUAAAUGUGGGACUCUUGCUACCUCUGUAUCAAUGCGCUUUUUUUCAUGCUUGUUGGUGAAAGUUUCGAGCCGAGUCUCUCCAGGGUACCGACUGCAUUACGACGUUGCAUCGGAUCGAUACCGGAGGCCAAAACAGAUCAAAUGCGGUCGCUAUGAUACUUCCAAGUAUUCCGGAUAACAUUACAAUCGCGCUGGCACCUGUGUGAGACGUCGAAUCCUUGAAGUCGACUGGCAGUUGUAAGAGCGGUGUAUAUAAAAUCUGAUCAAAAUCGUCGCCGUCACAAAUCAUGAGCGUUUACUUUUCGAAAUAUUGCGUCAACGGAUACCGAGAUAGCGUGCCAGGAGGAGAUCCACAAAUGCGCGAUAGAUUACUGGCAGCGAUCAAGGAGUUGGCUGUACUCGGCCCAGGUCAACUCCAAAGCUCACAGACAAGUCUGCUGAAGACAUCCACCCAGGGAAGGUCACUUGACAGUUCUAGAGCUACAGGUUCACCAGAAUACCCGAAGGUUCACAGAUCUCACUCAAGCUCACCACAGGCAUCCCGUCUCAAGCAAAGCAAUCCUCAUGGAGUUUUGAAAGAAAAGCUGAAACGCUCUGUUACGUUAAAACUAGAAAAGGGAAUUAUUAAGAUUUAUGCUAACAUCUUACAUCCCGAUGUGCAAUUCAAGACCUUAAGUAUAACGUUCCACACAACUAGCAAAGAAUUGGUCAGCAGUAUUCUUAAGAAAUACAACGCCCAAGACAAAGAUCCCAACCUCUACUACGUCGCUAUGGAAACAGGAAUAAAACACAAAGAUUCAGGUCUACCCAUUUCAAAAAUGAUUGUUCUUGAAGACGACGCACGGCCUUUGGAACUCCAGGCAUGUCAGCCUCAAGGGGAGGCAAAGUUCCAUUUGAGAAUAAAGAGCGGAGGAGUGGUACGAGUACGAAUAAGCACUCUUUGUCCUGAGAGUUCUUACAAGACAGUGUAUAUAGCACGUAAUACAACCUCUCGUCAGCUGAUAGAAUUGUUAGUCAACGGCAGUGGAACCGAGGAAAAUCCUGACGAUUUUACCCUUCGAGAGGCAUCUUCGGACUUAGACGUCGACCGGAUUCUUGGUGAUAAUGAAUAUCCGCUAGAAAUUCAAACAAAAUGGAAACCAAACGAGGGUCGUGUAUUUUUUCUUACACGAUUGAAAAAGAAGCCUGACUCGAACCCAGCAGUUCAAAAUGCUCCAGAAACAACGUCUGAAGAGCUCAGAAAUGAAAUAGCAAGACAAAACCAAACAAUCGACACAAUGAAUGAAACGAUCCAGAGACUACAACUAAAACAGGACAUAAAGACAGAGAAUUCACAGCACAUUUAUACGGCAAAUUAUUCCGCUAGCGAUCAAAAUGAUUAUGAUAAAAUUGAUGAUAUGAAUCAGGACACGUCAAUCAGCAAGAGAGUAAACAAACGCAUACGGUUUAAUGACAGUGAAGAAACAAACAAUAGACAACAAAGCGCAUCAGCUUACGGUGUUGAUUUGCACAAGCCGCGAUUAGAAAAGCAAAACGAUAGCAUCUCAAAGCGUCCUUCACAAUCACAAAUUAAUAAACUUCGUCGCAGUUUUGAUCGAUAUCGAAAGAAAAGUUAUGACGAUUCGGAUCUAGAAUUGAUGCGUAAAACUAACGUAGACAAUGCAGAGUCUAAAAAUGUUGAAUGCUCAUCACAGAUUGAGAGAUUUCGUCACAAUUUUUUAAAAUAUUAUAACAUUAGAAAUGGAAACAAGCUCCAUAAACCCAUAUCCAGGUCGUGGUCCACGUCAGACGCUGAGUAUUACGAUAUAGCAAAAAACCUCGCCUCCGUGGCAGACGUGCUAGACAAACCACAAAAAUCUUUACUGGAGCCUAACAAUUAUUCCAAUAAUCGAGAAUUAGAAACGGUUCUAUCAAGAAAUUCGUCGUUCAACAGCUUAUGCGAUAGAGAAAUAAGACGAGUCUUUGAGAACGCUCAAAUUCAAAAACAAGAUCCUGAAUCAAAUAAGACCCUAUAUGACGUCAUCAAAGAAAAGGAACUUGUUGCGGUAACAAUGAAGAGAGAGCCUGGUAAGGAACUUGGUCUGGAGCUUGCUCACGUGACUCAAACAGGCUCACCAAUCGAUGAUCCAUGUGAAGUCAUGUACGUUUUUCACAAAAGUGACGGAAAUACUUCGAUUGUUGGUAGCCCGACUAGUAUUCUCAGUGAAGAUGAUAACCAAGUUAUAGACUAUGAAAACGAGGUAGACGAUGUUUUUGCUGACAGUCCUUCUGAGCUUAGUCAGGAUAGUCAUAUUUGCUUUGGCAGUCAAAGCGACGAUUCCUCGCAAAGUAAUUCACCCAAACCAACUCUUGAUGAUACAGUUGCUGGUGAUGCAAAGAAAGAAACAGGGGAACCAGGCUCUCCUGGUUCUUGCUGUACACUAGCUGAAUGGAGAGAAGGGAAUGGACCCAAGCCUCACCAUGGUGUUCGUAUUGUGGGUGUCACAGCUGGAAGCAUAGCCGAAAACGCUAAGACACUAGAGAAAGGUGACGUCAUUGUUGAGGUGAAUGGGGUAAACGUCCUUAACUCGAAUCUUGAGGUUGUCAUCGAUGCGUUACGUCAUCAAAACACUGUAAGCCUGGUCAUCGCUCGACAGAAACAAGAAUCAAUGCGUCAUGUGACCACGACCAACACAACAAUGGUGACAUCUCCUCUUUCUUCCCCCAAUCACGACGACAUGCAAGAACAGGUCCAACAACUCGCUGCAAAGUUGACAGAAAUGGAGAAAACCCUCCACAAAAAAGACAAAUACAUCUCUCACUUAAAGAAAUCUCUUAUGAAGAGAAAGUUGAAACUUACUUCGAAAGAAAAGAUAGAGGAAGCAGUCCAAGUUAUUGUAUAACACACGGCAAUCAAGUCAACUCGCAUUUUACGAGAUGGUGACCGGAUUGCAUUCUGUUGGCAGUCUGAGAGUAUUCUAAGCCGUCUCCUCAAUGGCGAAGAGAGAACGGUUGACACGCGGAGGCAUAUUCUUUUUCGCUUUACUCUGUACUAUUUGGA